AUGGCCGCAGAUGGAAACUCCGAGACGCAGCAGUCCGCUUCGGAGCCUGUUGACGUCGAACACGAGUUGACGGCGAGCUCCACGCACUAUUCGCUGUCGCGCGCCGUCCACGCGCGCAAAGCCGAGUUUGUGAGGCCCCACCGCAUCCGCAUCAAGGUCGGCUCGUGGAACGUCGCUGCCUGCCCCGGCACCGACAAGGACCUUGCCAGCUGGUUCGUCGAGGGCAAGGGGCUGGAGCCUCACCUGGACACCCAUCUUGCUGACCGAAGCUUGCGCGAGAGCGGCACGGUUGAGGAGGAGACCCCCGCCGACGACCAACAAGCCCCCGCCGCCUCCAAGAGCGAAGACCAGACGUACGUAGAGGUAUCUACCAGGAAAGGCGACAGCGGUGAUGUCAAGAAAUUGGAGCCAAAGUCACAAGCAGAGGCAGAGCACCACGCCGAGCCGACGAUAAGGACCGUUGGCGGCUCCGACAUUGGCCUGUACGUCUUGGGCCUUCAGGAGAUUAUCUCGCUGAAUCUAAUCUCAGGAUAUGGCGACACCUCCGCAACCGCCAAAUGGCAGGCCGCUCUCGAAGCCGCACUGCCCGCUGGCUACACGCUGGUUGCCUCGCAACAGCUAUCCGGCCUCCUGCUUCUUGUCUACGCCUCGCCUGAUGUCGCCGCCACCAUCUCCAAUGUCUCAACCGUUUCCGUCGGUACAGGAAUUCUGGGCUACAUGGGUAAUAAAGGCGGCGUUUCCACAAGGGUCCUCCUCGGCGAGACGACGCGUUUAGUAUUUACAGACUGUCACUUGGCUUCUGGCCAUGACCAGGCCAACCUGGAACGUCGGUGGUGGGACUACAACCGCAUUCUGAGCCAGACCCAGUUCAGCCCGGUGUCCCACAGCGGGGUUUCCGAGGACGAGAGUGAAGGCAUCGGAGAUGAGGAUUUUGCUUUCUGGUUCGGGGAUCUCAACUUCCGCCUCGAUGGGCUGCCAGGCGACGAUAUUCGGCGCUUACUCAUGCUGCAUACCCGGGGCGAGUACGAUUUGAGCAAGAAGGAGACGCAGAAAGCUCUCUCGGAUGAGGACAGUGUCAUCAUCUUGCACAACAAGGACGACAGCGAUGACGAAGGAUCCAACACACCUGGCAUGGUAUCGCGUGAGGCGAGCUUCAACAAGGACGAUGAUGACAAGACGGACCUACCCGACCCAGACGACUUUGUCCCCGACCCCCAUGAUGACCCGGCUUCCCUCCAGGCCACUCUCGACUCAUUGCUGCCGCAUGAUCAGCUCAGUCGAACUAUCAAGGACAGAAAGGCAUUCCAUGAAGGCUGGCGCGAAGGUGCCAUCACGUUUCUUCCUAGUUACAAGUACGACGUUGGUACCAUUGGCCUGUUUGAUUCAUCGGAGAAACGCCGUGCUCCUAGCUGGUGCGAUCGCAUCCUGUAUCGCACAAGAACGGACCUGGACAAUCACAAGGCCAAAAUCGCCGAGGAAGAAGCGUCCAGGAAGAAAGACGAGGACAUGAAGAAGCGGGGUAUCGACUCGGCUGCUGACGACGAGAGUGUCUUGUUUGACUAUGACCCCGACAAGGAUGUUUCUUCUACGGCUGCCAAUGAUAACUCGUAUGAUUAUGAUGAGUACGACGAAGGCAACGAUGAUGCAGAAGGGGCCACCGAGACUGUCAUCACCAAAGAGGGCUACCAGGAUCACCUCCGGCUUGAUCUAUACACUACACAUCAGCGCGUCACGAGUAGUGACCACAAGCCAAUUGUGGCGCUAUUCACGCUUGAUUAUGAUGCUGUGGUUCCAGAGCUCAAGGCCAAAGUCCAUGCCGAGGUUGCUAGGGAGUUAGACAGAGCCGAGAAUGAGGGCCGGCCUGGGAUCACCAUUGUGGUUGACCGCCAUGAAAGCGGCUCUACGAGAAGCGACAAAGAUGUCCAUGAUGGCAGCGAUGGUGUCGACUUUGGUGAAGUUGGCUUCCUGCGAUCUGUGACGCGUUCUCUGACAGUGGCCAACACCGGCGGGGUGCCUGCUACUUUGUGUUUCGUGGAAAAGCCAAGUAUUGAGGAGGAAGGUGCAACCACUGAUCGUGACGACGACCACAGGUCUGACUGGCUGACUGUGUCUCUUGACCAUGCUUCAGACUCGUCGACGCAAGGUCCUGGGACACAGUCCCCAGGGAAGGACCAGAAGGAAAUUACCCUUGAUCCCGGCGAGACAGCAUCGGCAACCCUGACCAUCUCGGUAACCUCGCUGUCCCACCUUCGGGCGCUGAAUGCAGGCACCACUGCGCUCGAAGACGUGCUCGUACUUCGCGUCACAGAAGGACGUGAUCACUUCAUUCCUGUUCGAGCUGUAUGGCUUCCCUCUUGCUUCGGGCGGAGUGUCGACGAACUGAUACGUAUACCACCUCAAAGUGGUGGGCUGAGAGGAUUUGUUGGCAAAUGGAAAGCAGGCAACAAGAUUGAUGGCAGGGACUGGAAAGGAGGAAGCAUCCCGUACAGUCUGGAUGUUCACUCCUCUUCGCCCCCUGAGCUUUACAAGUUGACAGAGGCGAUCGAGAGCCUGACUGAGCGAGCUGUUGCGGACGAAAACAUGCUUCAAGAAGACAAAACUAAACUGCCGCGAGAUCAAGUCGGAUGGCCUUUCGUGGAGAGACCCGCUGCCAGUUCGAGUGCAGCAGGGCCGGAGCACGGCCUGCACCGACUCGCCGUUAUCGAAGCACUGGACACUGAUCACCCCACCCAUAUCCUGGACGUUCUGCCCAAGACAGAGCUUACAGCUCUUGUUCAACUCGAAAUCAUGACCGACGUUCUGAGGUUGUUCCUCCGUUCGCUGACGGAUGGCAUUGUCACAGCUCCUAUCUUUGCCCAGAUCGAGUCAGUUCUGCCGGCCCUUGGGAAUUCAUCCACGGCCUUGCGCCCUGCGAAAGAAGUUGAAGACGACAAAACCACUAUCCUGGACAUACUGUCCGGGGCGCCGUAUCACAAUAUCUCCUUUGUCUUCGUCACGAGCAUGCUCGCCAAAGCGGCCACCGAGAUUAUCCCUCUCAAGACCAAAGAGGUGGAGACGCUGAACUCUGAUGCAAAGACCAAGGGCAAAGGACGAAGCUUGAGCCUCCGAAAGAGGGCCAAUAGCAGCGAAGAUGUAGACCAAGCAGCGAUUCAGACGAGAUUGGCUUGGGAAAGAAAGGUUGCCGAAAGCUUGGGAUCUGCUAUCUGCCGGUCUGGCCCUCCUGGGGAUGGAUCAACGAAAGGGAAAGAGAAGGAAAGAAAGGCCAGCGAGGAGAGAAUGAGAGGUCUGGUCGAGAUCUUUCUCAGAAGGCGGGAUGGAAGCUAA